CGACGGUGAAAUCCUCGUCGUUCUCUUGGUUGGUCAUUAAGAUAUUAUACACACUAUUGUGCGAACACUCACAUACACGCACACAUAUAGACACAUAUAGACAUAGUGGGGCUUGAAACGGCGCGUGAAUCGGCUGUAAUACACGUUCCUGUGGAAGGAAGAAAAAGAGGGAAAAAUUCAUACGAGCCCGAGUGAGUGAGUGAGCGCACGGGCGAGCGACCUAUACCCAGUAGUCAGCUUCUUGGGAGAUUCUCCGCUUCUUUAUGUUUGAUCGGAGCUGGUGCCGCGCACUUCGCAUACGCAGUAACAACGCCGGCUAAGUGUGACAAAAGCUCGCUGCAAUCGCCAAACCUUCGUAAACUGUUCGCGCACCUGUUUUUGUUUUUACCUGUUAUAACGCACGUGCAGUGCCAAUUUCGUUGCUUCGAACGAAUUUCAGCCGUUUGUUCACUGGCCAUCCAAACCGAUGACACAUGAUGGGCCGAGUACUUGCCUUUCUUUUACUACUGGCGAUUGAUUUGGGACGACCUCGACUGGGUGAAGCUGUUACGAAUCCCUAUGGCUACGAUGGGGCCUCAGCUUGCAGCAGUGAAAAAUUCUCGAGAGCUGGUAGAUCUCGCCCAUUGCCCUGCGACUUGCACACCGACUCCUGGUGUCUCGAUGCCGGCAACGAAUAUCCUUGGCAUGCGGUACAGAGAUUUGUGAAGGAAAACGAGGGCUUGAUGAAGCGUAUGUACGGCAAUCAAAGACACCUGAAGGUAUUAAAAAAAGAAUUGGCUCGUCAAAAUAUUGAUGUCGUAAUCGACCACUCUGGCAAAAAAUUUUACUACCCAGACGACGACGAUGACGAUGAAGAUGAUUACGAUGUGAGCUUCCGAAACAAGUGGCGAUAUGAUUCAAGGCUCGACUCGAGCAAUCACAUUCGAGCAUCGCGCCAACUGCAAGAUGAACUUGUUUUGCCCAACGAAGACGGUAAAGACGUAAAACUCAAUAGCAGCAGCGUGACUACUGAAGCCCCUUCAUCACCGAUCCCAGAGACGUCGACGAGUACUACGGACGGAUCGACUACUUCGACUACAUCUACGACGAUAAGUGCAAAAAUCAACCUGACCGUCUCGUCGACCAAUGCACAAACGUCGAGCACCGAAAAAGCAACCACAACCACUGACUCUUCACUGCCAGCCUUGGUCGUCAGCUUGUCUCAGAUAGCUAACAUUCACAACUUGAACAAUAAUGCAAUCGUUGAGCAGCAAAUCGAUCGUUCGGACGUCGACGUUGAAGAACUGACGGAAAUACCGUCGACCGAUGCCGAAGUCGGCGAGAAACAAGAGUUUCGACCCAGGCCAGAAUAUAACAAACCAACGGAAACUACAAGCAGUCGACCUUCGCCCUCAGAAACAAACUCUACCGGCACCGAAGGUCAAUUAUUCCAGGAUUACACUGCAAAAGAUAAACCAGAAAAUCCCCAGCCCGUCUUGAAAGUUCGUGGCAUCAAUGCUUGCCCAGUGAAGGAAGAGGUAGUGGCACCGUUUUGGGCAAACAAUACUCGAGGCGAGGUACUGGCAUUAUUGAACUUCUACCCGUUCGAACAGUACGUGCACUGGGAAAAAUGCACCCACGAGCAUAAACAAAUGUACUGCCGAGACGGUUGCCGAUGCGAGCAACAGUACAGACUGCACCGUCUCCUGGCCUACGAUCCAAACAACGAGUGUCGAGGCAUUUUCAGCGAUUGGUUCAAAUUCCCGAGUUGCUGCGUAUGCCGUUGCUACGAGCUGCCCUUGGAGUUCCGUUUCACUUCGAGAUCGCCCCGUCAAUCAGGGAGUGUAUUGAAAGUACGAACGCCGGAACCUCCACCACCCGUGCCUAGACGCAGACAAGCGAGGGAAUAUCUGUAAAUUUUUGUGAUUGUUGCAACUACUAAGCUAUAUUUAUGAAAAUUAUUGAUAUUUAUAUUGUUAUCAUGACGCGCUCAUGACCCACCCCAUAAAUAAGUUCGAGAAGCUCAUUAUUGUAAAUUAGACAUUACUCAUGAUCAUCACGUAUUACUCAUCAUUGUUUCUUUAUUUUUACGGUGCCUGAAAACGAGACUUGUAUAAAAGUAAUUCUCAAUUGUAAGAUUAUUAUUAAUACUUCGAAAUAAGUUGAAUAUUCAUUAAGGCUCGUGACUGAAAUGAUAAA